AUGUCCAGAUCCACCAGCAACUCGAAGAAAAAGCCCGAGUAUCUGUCCAAUGACUCGGACACUCCAUCUGCACUGUCCUCGUUCGACUCAAAACAGCCAUUCCCUCCCCUCGCGCCCGACGAUCUUGCCGCAACCACUCCUUCCUACGACGCGCAACACGAUUGCUAUACCGAAGAUGACCCGGACAUCAUAACAUCUCCUCUACAUGCGGAUUCCGAGGCCGAAGAGGAUGAAGCUGAUUUUCAGACCCAGUAUUCCUUGAACAAUCAGUACUUCUCAGACGCAUCCACGGAUUCGGAGGAACAGUCGCCUGAGGAUGGCAUUGCGAUGCAUCACCCGUUUCGACAAUCGUCGAGCUCGCUGCAUGGCCCUAAUGCCUUCGCUCCCCCUUUCUAUAAUCGGCCUCCAACGCCUCUGCCCCCUUCUCCGUCACUGACCUCAUUGUUGCGCCCUCCUUUCUCUACAACCACGUCGCGACCCACCACCCCUGACAGUUCGGACGUGGAAACCCCGAACGAUACCGAAGCUGCGGUCGCAAAGUCGGCACGGCGCGCAACGACCGUUCCUCGAGCGAGCCCGAAGGUUCCUACCUAUGAAUACUAUGGAUUUGUGUUAUAUCUUGCGUCGUCACUGGCCUUCUUGAUGUAUAUCCUUUGGUCCUAUCUUCCGUCGCCAUUUCUACAUCAGCUGGGCAUCUAUUAUUAUCCUAAUCGAUGGUGGUCGUUGGCCUUCCCGUCGUGGCUGGUCAUGUCUAUCAUCUACAUCUACGUUGCCCUGGCAUCGUACAACACGGGGUACCUGACACUUCCCAUGAACAGUGUCGAGAAUAUUGUUGAUGAAGUGGCGAAUGUGGCUGUCAUAGAUGGUAAAGGGCGGCGACGCCCUGGUGGCGCAGCGAAAAUGAGACCAGGCGCAACCUCCUUCCAGAUCAUGGGUCCGCAAAACCGGAAAGUGAAUUGGAAAGAAAUAUGGGGCGAAGGCACUGAUGCCGUAUUAGAUGUUCCCGUUGGAGGUGUAUGUGAAGUUCUCUACGGACAGGAGAGGGACGACGAUGAAAUCUACGAUGCAGUAUCCGGCGUUGGAACGAACGGUUUGGAACACGACGGAUGUUCCUGA